AGAAAUUGAAACGCGGAAUCGGACCCGCAAUUUUUUGUCAUUGGUGGAAUUAAAACCCUAAUCCAUUGCUGAAUGUUUUUGGUACACCCAAUAAAUUUUUUGAGAAAUGCUAGAGAUAAUAUGGAGAUUUGGUUCCUUAAAUACCGAUUGCCAAUUCAACAAUCUCAUCCAAUUUGAAGCCGUCAAAUAGCGAGCUGGUGAAGUCCGGAGAUUCGAACUCUUCCCCCUGGAACUUCUGUUGCGCUGGGGAACACCUGUUGCACUUACACUGUGCAGAUAAUGGCAUCCAUCGAUUCCUAUGAUGAAGCGAUCAGUGCUCUUGCUAAAUUGUUGAAGCAAGAGCCCAGCCUGCGCUCCGUUGCCGCCAAGAAGAUUGAGGAAAUCACAAAAGAGUUGCAGGCGCAGAUCGCUGUUAAGACGACUAAUGGAAACCAGGCCGCAGAGGCCGAUCCUGUGGAUAAGCUCAAGAACGGAUUUUCCCGCUUCAAGCAAGAGAUUUACCAGAAGGAAACGGAUUUGUUCAGCAAGCUAUCCAAGGGUCAAUCUCCCAAGUUCAUGGUGUUCGCAUGCGCCGAUUCACGAGUGUGUCCGUCCACUGUUCUGAAAUUCAAUCUGGGUGAAGCUUUCGUGGUGCGGAACAUUGCAAAUAUGGUGCCUCCUUACCAGAAGAAUGGACCUUUUGCAGGAUCUGGUGCUGCGGUAGAAUAUGCCGUCUUGCAUCUCAAGGUUGAGAACAUAAUUGUGAUGGGGCACAGCUGUUGCGGAGGAAUAAAAGGGCUCAUGUCAAUUCCAGACGAUGGCUCCACCAAAACGGAUUUCAUAGAAGAGUGGGUGAAAAUAGGACAAGAGGCGAAAUCCAAGGUUAAGAAGACUCACGGUCAUUUGCCUUUGGACGACCAAUGCGCCGCUUGUGAGAAGAUUUCAAAUUCAAAUGAUUGUACUAUCAAAGAGUCUAAUGAGGCAUCAAAUGGUGAAAGAGUAGCAAAUCAAUUGGAGGUUGGAGACAAUGGAAGUAGGAGGGCAUCUAUUAGGGAGGAAAUGGAAGUAGAAGGGCAUCUAUCAAGGAUGAUUUUCAUCUUUGGACCCUUAAAGAGUAAGAGGAGGAAUCUGUGAACGUGUCACUUGCCAACCUCCUUUCAUAUCCGUUUGUAAGAGAGGCUGUUUUACAGAAAACGUUGGCUUUACAUGGGGCGCAUUAUAACUUUGUGGAGGGUUCAUUCAAGAGAUGGUCAGUGGGCUUAAGCAUGACAGAACCAGAGUCAUUUGAGUAAUUUGAGUUAACAAUCUAUAGAGCUGUUAAAGAUCAGGCCAGAGUAUGAGUUAGUGACUUUUUUUUUGAAUUAGUUAGUUUGUGUAGUAAGCACAAAUGGCAGCUCACUCAAAGAUCGUCUAUGUUGAUAGUAUGUUUUUUAUUUCCCUUCAAUAAGUUGUUGAUAACACUACUCUCAAAUCUGCUUUAUGAUUUGAAGUUAUUUGUUUUUAAGCAGCAAAUGACUCUAUAUGGUUAGAGUAUUUGCAUUCCAGUUACCAUGUAUGAUGUGAAAUGAUGCUGUUAUUGGCUAUAUGUGAUUAUAUCUUUCAUCC